AGACAUAGUGAUAGUAGCCUGUGGUCUAUUCUUCCUCAUGCAAGUUUAUGAAAAGUAAUUUUGGAACCUCAGUCAUGGUCAGCCAAAAGACAGUCUUCCCUCCUCGGUCAAUAAGUAAAUCAGUAUUUUUGAAGUACUGUCUGAGUUGUUUGGGGCCUCCCCUGUAUUGCAACUGGAUGAGAAGAUCUGAAACUUGUUUGUCUUUGAGCAGAAGGACUUUAGUAUCAAGAAAUCAUCGCUUCCUUUUCUCCUUGGAUAGCUAACACAGGACCUAAAAGCUGGGGCUCUUUCUGAUACUCUGAAGGUCCUUUUCAAGAAACCCAUUCCUCUGGAAUUUCUUAGUGUGUCAUAAGGCUUAUCCAGUCUCCAUCUCACUAACAACGCUAUCUACGUUUAGGAUUCUUAUUCUCGCGUAGCUAGUAAAUUGCAAGUAAGGCCUCAAGCCAGGUCUGUUGGUGCAGUCUGGUCUUUUCCCCAAAGGGGCUGGUGAAAGACACCUGAGUCUGGGCACGGGCUAGGGUUGAGGCAAAUUAAGAGUGCUGGCAACAGACCUCAUCCCCUGUACCAUUUUGCACCGGACCAGCCAGAGGUGGGAAUGACGUGUCGACCCAACCCCGGUCAAUUCCUGGUUAUACCAUCCCUCCGUCAUCCUCACUGCAAGUGCAUUCGAAAUGCCAAAAGUAUCCUCCACUGGGCCGAGCUGAAGCAGACGGCAGGCACUGCAGUGCCCCCUCGUGCCACCAGAGAGGGGUGAGCCGCUGCCGCGCGAGCGCCCCUUAGCAGCGAGUCUGUGGCCGCAACCCCUCCACCGAGCACUCCAACGCGAAGGAGCCCGCGCGGCAGCCAGAGCGCGGACGACGCGAGGGGUGUCCCAGGCCCCGGCUGCUUUCCAGCAGCAGCAACCCGGCCGGAUUAGGGGGCGGGGCGAGGCGGGGCGGGGCCUGGACGGCGGGAGCAACUGCGCGGGGUUGGCGCCGUUGGCCCCGCGCGCGGACUGCUAUGUCCAGGGGCCUGCCGCGCCCAGGCGUUCGGAUACUCGGACAAAAUGGUGUGUUCCCAGGAGGGCAGCGGGGCCAUUCCCGUGGGUGGACCCGGAGAGGAAUGCGGCGCCCCCACCCCGCCGGGAAGAAAGCGGGGGCAGUCCGGCCGUGCUGUCUCUUUAAGACGGUGUUCCUAACACCGACGCCUGAGAGGGCGGUGAGACUAAGCAGGGCCAAGUUCCAAAGGGAGGAGAGUCCCCCACCUGGUUUCAGCGCCCACACGGCAGGUCUUCACGAUCUCGAUGCAGAGGCCUCCAUGGCUGUGAUAAGCCUUCUGUUCCUGGCAGUGAUGUAUGUUGUUCAUCACCCCCUGAUGGUCAGUGACCGGAUGGACCUGGACACACUGGCCAGAAGUCGGCAGCUGGAGAAGCGCAUGAGUGAGGAGAUGCGUCAGUUAGAGAUGGAGUUUGAAAAGAGAAGGCACGCAGCUGAGCAGAAGCAGAAAACAGAGAACUUCUGGAAGGGAGACAUACCAAGUGACCAGUUAGUGCUGGGGAAGAAAGACAUGAGGUGGCCGUUGCAGGCUGAGGGUCAGGAGGGGCCGCUGGGCUGGAUGCUGGGAAACCUGUGGAAUGCUGGCCUCUUUUGCCUUUUUCUCAUCUUUGAGCUCCUGCGACAGAACAUGCAGCAUGAGCCAGCUUUUGACUCCAGCGGUGAUGAGGAGGAGGAAAUCCGCAUUAUGCCAGUCACUUCCUACAACUGGCUUGCCAACUUCCCCUCGAGAGAGGCCCUGGAAUCCUUUUACAAACACUAUGUCCAGAAUGCCACUCGUGACCUGCCCUGUACCUGUGAGUUUGUGGAGAGCUUUGUGGACGACCUCAUUGAGGCCUGUCGGGUGCUCAGCCGCCAGGAUGCCCAACCACAGUUGGAGGACUGCCUGGGCAUCGGGGCUGCCUUUGAGAAAUGGGGAACCCUCCGUGAGACCCAGAAAUUUGAUAUCCUGGUCCCCAUUGUCCCCCCUCAUGGCACUAUGUUUGUGCUGGAGAUGAGGAAUCUGGCCCUAGGUCGCCGCUGUGGCUGUGUGCUGGUGGAGUCAGAGUGUGUGUGCAAGCGUGAGAAGCUUCUGGGGGAUGUGCUGUGCCUGGUGCACCACCACAGGGACCAUUCGGCCCUCUUGGGCAAGUGUAGCAGUUCCAUCAAGGCGACUCUCUGCACUGGCUCCCACCUGGACAUGUGCAAGACCAUACAGUGGUUCCAGAACAUGGUGGGCAAUGCCUGGGCCCUGGUGGCCCACAAGUAUGACUUUAAGCUCAGCCUCCCACCAUCCACCACCUCCUGCAAGCUCAGGCUGGACUAUCGUUCAGGCCGCUUUCUCUCAAUCCGCUUGGUCCUAGGGGUACAACGAGAAGACACCUUGGUCUACCUGGUGAGUCAGGCCUCCGACCAGGAACAGCUCACCAGUGUGGACUGGCCCGAGUCCUUUGCUGCCUGUGAGCACUUGUUCCUGAAGCUGGUAGGGCGUUUUGCUCCAGAGAACACCUGUCACCUCAAGUGCCUCCAGAUCAUUUUAAGUCUCCGGGACCUUCAGAGCCUACCCCAGGGAGCAUCCCGUCCCAUCCUCACCUCCUACCACUUCAAAACAGCCCUCAUGCACCUCCUGCUGCGGCUGCCCCUGGCAGAGUGGCAGCAUAGCAUGCUCUCACAGCGGCUCCAGGACAUCCUCUGGUUCUUGGGCCGAGGCCUCCAGCAAAGGUCCCUCCAUCAUUUCCUCAUCGGUAACGCCUUCCUGCCUCUGACCAUCCCAAUCCCUAAGACAUUUCGGAAUGCCGAGCCUGUCAAUCUCUUCCAACACCUGGUGCUAAACCCCAUGGCACAUUCACAGGCACUGGAAGAGUUCCACAACCUUCUGACCCAGAUGAAAACUCUGCCCUGUGCCCCAUCAGCUGGUGCACAUUAAUGUAAAGGCUGUUAAAAAAGGGGAGAAGGGAUAUCUGAUUCCUCAGGCUGAAAAAGAGUUUGAUUUUUCAGACAUACCAGCGUGUGUGACCUUCGCCUUUGUCAGCGGGGGCUGUGGUAGAUUAAGACACUUUAAGGAGCAUGUGAAGUGGUAAAAGAGGAUGGGGUCCAGCCUGCAGAGGCUAAUCAAGGGUGGAUCUUUUGAGGUUUUCUCUUCUGACUUGACUUUCAUCAUGACCCAGAGAGGGCCCAGGGGAAGCAGAUGUUACGGGAGGAUCUUGCUGCUCAAGAGUAGAGAUCUAGAGAGGGCCUGUGAAGUUGUGUUUUGCAUCUACACUGGAAGUGAAAGAGAACCAGAAUACCUCCAUUCCAGCUCAUUCCUUUUUGUGAACGACUCCUAAAACACUCCUUGUAAACUGGUUUCCUUGUUGAACUGUUAGCUUAAUUCAUAUCGACGCUGACAGCACUCUAUUUUAUCCCAAAUACUGUGAUGGUAACUUCUCAUAUUUUGGGAUCUAAUUUUUCAGAUAUUCAUUAUUUGAAGAUAUAACCAAGAUGUCUAUUUUCCAUUUUCUUAAUUUAGCCCUAUUUUCAUGUGAUAUAUGAAAUAAAGCCAUUUUUAUGCAUCUGAAAAA